AUGGUUUCCUUUGAGAUGAACGAUCGCAAAAAAAUUGGGCUAGGAUUGACAGGAUUUGGCAUAUUUUUCUCCAUUCUGGGAAUCAUCUUCUUCUUUGACAAGGGACUACUUGCCAUGGGGAAUAUCCUCUUCAUCUCAGGAGUGAGUCUCACUAUUGGACCGAAGUCGACCAUGCAGUUUUUCAUGAAACGACAAAACUAUAAGGGGACUAUCUCAUUCGGUGCUGGUUUCUUCUUUGUCGUGAUAGGAUGGCCCAUCAUUGGUAUGAUUUUGGAGACAUAUGGGUUUGUUGUGCUCUUCAGUGGCUUCUGGCCAACACUUGCAGUUUUCUUGCAGAGGAUACCCAUUCUUGGUUGGGUAAUCCAACAACCAGCAAUCAGAUCGUUCUUUGACCGAUACAGGGGCAGAAGAGUACCAGUCUAA